CAUGCAAACAAUUGCACAAGCAUCAGUCAUUCAGUGUUUCACAGCUUCUCCACUUUAAAUCAAGACCUCAACACCUGAAGCUGGAAUGCACACCAUUAUACUGCUGGAACUGCUGGUACUGGGAGCAUCAGCGGUGUUGCCAGACCCAGACACAGCUGGAGACAAGGUGACUCAGGAUCCAAUUCCCUGUGCAAAAGGCUGCAACUGUCUGCAUGAUGACUACAGCUUGGAGCUCAUUGUGUACUGCAGUGUUCUGAACUUAACUUAUGUACCAGCUGACAUCCCACUAUCCACUCAUUAUCUCUGGCUAGAUGGAAACUUGUUUGUUUCCCUUCCGGCUGCGUCGUUUAGGGAUCUAAGCAAUCUGGACUUUUUGAAUCUACAGAAUGGCCAGCUGUUGACCCUUGACCAUCAGACAUUUAGAGGCCUCAGAUCCUUGGCACACUUGCACCUUGAGCGAAACCGUCUCCGUGGGUUGCCAGGUUCAAUCUUCCAGAACACACCUAACCUUGCUUCACUCAGUCUACAUAACAAUCACAUCAGUCGUAUUGACGAAAGACUGUUUGCUGGGCUCUCGCACAUGUGGUUUCUCAAUCUAGGAUGGAACUCACUCACAGUCUUGCCAGAGACAGUUUUCCAAGACCUGCAUAGCUUGCGAGAACUGAAUCUUGCGGGUAACAGACUUGCUUACUUGCAACCAGCACUAUUCCAAAAUCUUGGUGAGCUUAAAGAGCUGGAUCUGACAGGAAAUUACAUCAAGGUUAUCAAAGCUAAUGUGUUUGUUAAACUCCAUAAGCUGCAAAAACUUUACCUGGCCCAGAAUCAGAUUGGAAGUGUGGUACCCAGGGCGUUUGUAGGCAUGAAAUCGCUCAGAUGGCUCGACAUGAAAAACAACAAAUUGACUUCUCUACAUGAAGACACAUUCUUAGGCUUGAGCAGUCUUCAUGUAUUGCGCCUUUCCAACAACUCUAUCACUGGCUUAAGGCCUAGAACCUUCCGUGACUUGCAGUACUUGGAAGAACUAAGGCUCAGUUACAACAGGAUUCGAGCUCUAGGGGAGAGGAUUUUUGAAGGACUUGGCCAUCUGGAGGUUCUAGAGCUAGAUUACAAUCAGGUGCAAGAGGCGCAUGUGGGAAGUUUCACUGGCCUGUCUCAUGUGGCUGUCAUCAAUCUAUCUGGAAGCUGCUUUCAAAGUCUCCCUGACCAAAUGUUCAAAACUCUGUCAAAGCUUCACAGCCUACAUCUGGACAAAGGUUGCCUUACGAGGAUCACAGCUCUAGCUUUCAGCGGUCUCUCUGGUUUACGGAGGCUUUUCCUUCAACAGAACAACAUCUCUGUGGUGGAAGAUCACAGUUUUAUGGGUCUGGUAGGACUUGUAGGACUGGACUUAAGCUCCAAUAAGAUGGAGGUGCUUACAGAUCGAACUUUCUCUGGGCUUAGUAAUCUGGAGUAUCUUCUUCUGUCCAACAAUGAAUGUCAUCAGUUUUUGCAGAAUGGAACAAAACAAGUACUUCCACGGCUGCGCUACCUGGACCUGCGAGCCAAUGCCUUGACAAGUUUAGUCAUCGAUUUCUCAGAGAACAUGGAGAAACUCUUGCUGUCUGGAAACCAAUGGAAAUGUGACUGCACCACACUUCCACUCAGAAACUACAGCUUGCAAAAACCACAAGUCAUCCCUCGACAAGUAGAGACCCAUGCAGAAGGUGAAGAACCUGAUAGUACAAUCACCAUAUAUAACAACAUCACAUGCACCAGCCCACCAUAUGCAGCUGACCAGGACCUGCGGGAUGUGAGCAGUGAACACUUCCGAAGCUGCUGAGGUUACAGAGACUGGUUGAUUGAUACAAAAAGCUGACUAUGUGUUUCUGGUUCAGAUUACAUUUUGUCUGUAUAUUCAACUCAACAUCAGAUCUUAGAAAGACCUUUAUUUGGAAAAAAAAAAGGAUAUUAUCACAAAAAACUUUGAAACUAACUUUGUCAGUUCAGUAAAGAUUGUAAGUUUUAUUACUUGUAUGGAGAUAAAUUUUCUGAAGAUAUUUAAUAAAAUAUUUGAAUGUGUGACAUAUUGUGCUCUUGUUAACUUUUAUGUUUGAAAAGCAGAAAGAGAGCAAAAAAGAAGUACACACUGUAAUGAUGGAAAGUUUCCAUCAGUAAAUUUUCAUAUGAAAAAUUUAACUAAAUACAGAAGACAAACACAGAUAAAAAUCAGAUUUACACAGUAUCCUAUUUGGAAAUCCCUUGUUUUAAAAUAUUUCAAUCUAACCAUGCUUUUGUCUGAUGAAGAUGAACUCUGACAUCCUUUGGCCAAAACAUAGAUUCAGUAUACUGAAAGUAGAGGAGACAAAGACUUUACUGUUAGGAAAGACUAUGGUCAUUUUUAUGUGUGUUGAUAAAUACCAUUACAUACAUAAGGAUUCCAUAUACUCUAUAUAUAAAUAGAAUAAUUAUGUCUUCUGACACAUUGCUCUUCAAAUUAUGAUUUACUCUUACAUUAUGUAUUAUGUUCAGAAGACAGGCUGUACAGUGAUGAAGUUGGUAGCACUGUUUUAUUGCAGCAAUGAUAUCUUAGGUUCAAAUCUGUUUUUUUUUUCCAUGUGUUGCAUAUUCUUAUGCAUGUGUGGCUUAUCUACAUAUGCAUAAGUUCAAAAACUUGACUGUUGGGUUAAUCAGUCUCGUUAAAUUUAAAUAUAAGUGAUGAAACUGAAUUAAAUGCCUCAUUUCUGAACUACAAUAAAAAAAAAUUGUGGUGUGUUUGAAAAGAGGAAAUAAAUUACAAUAGAAUAAAAAAAAUUAUAGGCAAUUAUUUUUUGGGCAAUAUAAUUUAGAAUGAUUACAAUUAAAUACCUUACACAUUUGAUCCAUGUUUUAGAAAACUGGCCAUAAACUGUGCUCGAUUAUGUAGCUAGUUUAGGAAACUACAAUAUUACACUAUUGUCAUUCAAUAUUUUGAUGAGGAUAUUGAGAAUGUGUAACCUAUAUUUUGUCUCUACUUUCUUGUUAAUCAUCCCAGUGUUUCCAUCACUGUUAAUGCAUCAGAUCUGAAACCUAAUAGUCUACUAAAUAUUGCAUCCAAGUAGUCCUUUGUAGCUCCAGUGCGGCUUGUAUUGAUAUAGCAAUGACAACUACAAUUUGAUAUAUUAAUUUGCAUUUUGUAAGUUUGAGCUUAGUUAGCUUAUUUUUUUGUAUUAAAUGCUAGCGACAACCAAUCAUAUAUGGAUAUCAACCAAAGACUGUUUCUUUUAAACUGGCUUUAUCAGAACCAUUAAGAAACUUAAAAUACCAGGCAAUAUAAGUGUAAUCCUACCUUUUUUGUUUUUUUACUGAAAAUGUAUAAUAAAGAAAUUAAAUGCCUUGAAGACAAAAGAUUUUGUUGAAAAAAUAUGGAGGAACAGAUGCAGCUGGGUCAUCAGGAGUGCUGAUGUUUUUGUAUCGACUUAUAGUGUUCUGUUGUGAUGAAAAAGAAAAAUCCAUAAUUUCUUCAUCAGAGUUACCUGGAAACACAUUUCUGAGAAAAAACAGCACCUCCACAAUCUUAAAGAGCAUUCUGGGACCCAAAAAUGGGUCAGGUAAAUCUUUUUUGCACUGGAUACAUUUUCACCUCUUAAUUUUGUUUUGGUUCAGGUUUUAUAUCUAUUCAGGGGUAAAUUAUUGACUUACUGUUUCUUAAAAAUAUAUAAGAAGUGGAGAGAAAAGGGAACACAUAUACUCAUUAUAUAAAAGGAGAGAAAAAAAAGGACAAGCACCGUCACUCUGUUGAGUUUGCAUGUACCCAUGACUCACGCAAAGUUGUGGGUGGAAAAACAGUCCUCUGCUCUGCAGUCCAGGAAGUCUCAAAUAACUUCUUGGUAUGGUUCUUAUUGAAGAAUCAACACAACAAAUACAAGUAUUUUAUCAUUAUUCAUUGAGCUUAUCAUAAACAAAUCUCUUAAACUAUGUUGCAGAUUCUGAUGGUGACCAGCAGGGAACAGAAAGAAAGUUCACAUAAACCAGAAUGUGCCCAAUAAAUCAGCAAGAUGCUAAAAACUCUUCACCUGACCAGGUUGUUGAUCUGAAGCAGCCAGCUCCUGAGAAGACUGAUUAACUUUAUGAGUUUGCAUGUGCCAAAGUAAACAAGCACUAAGUUGCUGCGUCAUCUUUUUGUGUUACUUUGUUUAUGUAUGUUUCAGCAGGCUUGCUCAGUCAUUUAACCCUGAAGUCAAGGUUGGCCAAAAAGAGUAAACUACCUUUGCAAGUCUUAACCUUUGCUCAUCAAUGUUUUACAAUAAAUGUGAAGGAAUAAAGUAAAAAAAUGCACAAAAAAUUUUUUUUAGAUAAAAAAAUUAAUCCCUGUUUUAUUUAUACUUAUUUUAUAUGUCACCAUUUUGUUUGUCUGUGUUGUUUAGGUUAUUGAGAGUAGAUCUAGUCUAAAUAUGGCGUUUAGAUCUGGAAACACAAGGGCUUUUUGAUGAAAAGGACAUCAUACACUAAGAUGAGCAUAGGCAAUCUGAAUCAAACACUAUAAAUAGAUUUUUAAUAUUUCUCAUUUGGACUGUGUUGCAGAUAACAGCUGUCCUGGUGUGCAGGAGCUUUUUUCAACAUCAACUUCUAACACAAAAGAUUCUCCACUGUGGUCUAGACUCCGGAUUUAAUGUUUACGGUUUUCGGCUGAUUUAGUCACAGAAAGAGAUUCUUAGUGGCAGCAGUAGAAUGCAAUAAAGCCAUAAAUUAUUUCUUUUUACCCCAUGCUGUUUUUGCAAAAGAAUUCUUAAACCUUGAAAUUUGUUAUAUUUUAAACACAUUUCAACCACGCACUUCCAUGUAUUUUAUUUGUUUACUUUUUUUUGUGAUAUACAAGUCAGACUGGACUCAUAGUGUCUGUGAUUAUUAAUUUUUUUUUAUGUCCGGUCCAAAAAAAAUCUCCAAUCAAAUUUUCAUGUCCAGCACCAUCCUUAGACAUCAACAUAGGUUCUUAUAAACUAUCUCUGUCUGUAUAUUUAGUGUACCAAUAUAUAUCACAUUAUUAUACUUCUAUCAACCUUCUGCAGGGCAGAAUUCAAGAACCCAAAAUCAUCCUCUGCCCUCGACUGACCUGUCAAAUCCACAGGGAUCUCUGCUUGUGGUUUUCAGGGAAACUCGAAGCAGAGUCACAGCCAGCAUCUGAACAGGUCUGCUGUCAAAAUAAAUAAAGAAAAAAAAAAACACUUAACAAUAUGAACAUUUUUUUUCCUGCACGACUCUGUUUAAACUCAGUUGUAUAACCAGAUCAUCUAUUUGAGUUUUUUUUUCUUUUAAAGUGGACAUAAAUUAUGCAUCUUCUUCCACAUAUUCAAUUAAUUGCAAGUCAAAUGUUUUAAAAACAUUUUUAGAGGUUAUUAAUGAUUCACCUGUAUGUAUGUGUAAUGCUUUCUAGGCAAUUAACUACCAAAAAGCAUGGCAAUAUUGUAGGGUUGAUGUUGACAUUAUUACUGCUUAUCAAUUAUUUUGAUAAAACUCUAUUUUUUUUUUCUCAAA